UGGUCGGUCGGCUCGGCAGUGGCUGCACAGUUCAAUCCGGGAACUCGCUUUGAAAACGGUUUUUCCUGCUUCGAGCUCGACCGCGGUGGCCAGUCGAAGUGUUGCGCUCAAGACGUACGGUGCGCACUGUACUCGCUUUCUUUCCGCGUGCUCCGAGGAGUUAGAAGACGCUGUGUGCAAGCAGGCCUGCGUACGGAUUACGCAUUUGCGGGUAAUGUCGGCAAAGUGUUCUUGAAGCUCUCGUAGUUUUUUUUUCUGUUGGUCGAUCUUUUGAAACAAUCAGACAGGGUAAAGAAUUUUAAACUUGCUUUAAGGCUUAAGUGGUACAAAUCGCAAUUGCAAAUCAUUGCUGGUGCUGGUGUACCUUAGCCCUAGCGCAUCUAUCGGAUCGUGUUUGUAGUGUUGGUGUGUUUGUGGCUUAGGGAUAGUCAUCGUCACACCCUUUUGGAGGUGUAGUGAGGUGUACAGAGUGCAGUGCUUUCCAGCAGACAGUGCAAGUGACAGAGGAGCCCUAAAGGGUUGUGGGUACGGAGUCCGAUUUCGUGUGGUGUUCCUGACGCGCGAUCAUCAAGUGGUGCAGUGUCAAGACCCGAAGACGACUACUCCAAGCUAUCGCUCUCACGAAGAUAGCGGAAUAAGAAGAGGCUCAUAGCUAUAUGCACUAGAACCCGGAAGAGACAACAAUCGUUUUAUGGAAUCGUUCAAAUCGACCAGAUAAGCAGCUCAUAAUCAAGAUGAGAUACAUGAAAUUGUUAGUGUUACUAGUGACCUUACAGCUGAGCUUUACCGAAUCCAGACGGUUCGGCGCACGACAUAAACGGCAGCAUAGCAGCAAUCUGUACCAGCCGGAAAGUUUCAUCAUACCGGGUGGCGAAGGACCACCGAACGAGCGGUGGGGCGAAUGGAGCGGUCCAUCGGAAUGUUCGCGGACAUGCGGCGGAGGCGUUGCGUACCAGGAGCGCGAAUGUCUUGAUCUGGACUACAACGGUGCGCCCGUCUGUACCGGUGGAAAGAGAAAAUAUUUCUCCUGCAACACACAGGAUUGUCCCGAGCGAGAGCAGGACUUCCGCAAAAGGCAAUGCUCGGAGUUCAAUGACGUACCGUUCGAGGGUAACCGAUACCAGUGGGUACCGUAUACCCGGGCACCGAACCCUUGCGAGCUGAACUGUAUGCCGGUGGGCGAACGGUUCUACUACCGGCACCGGGCGAAGGUUACCGACGGGACGCGCUGCAACGACGAAUCGUUUGACGUGUGCGUCGACGGCACCUGUCAGCCGGUCGGCUGUGACAUGAUGCUCGGCUCGGAAGCGAAGGAGGACAAGUGUCGCAUCUGUCGCGGUGAUGGUAGCAGCUGCAAGACGGUGUCCGGGCUGCUCGAUGCCAACAAUCUGCAGGUCGGCUACAACGACCUGGUGCUCAUCCCGUCCGGCGCCACGAACGUGGUGAUCAGCGAGCGGGCCCCAUCGAACAACUAUCUGGCGAUACGCAAUCUGACCGGGUUCUACCAUCUGAACGGCAACUAUCGUAUCGAUUUCCCGCGCACGAUCCACUUCGCCGGCAGCGAUUGGCAUUACGAGCGCCGUCCGCAGGGAUUUGCCGCGCCCGAUCGGCUGACGUGCCAGGGUCCGACGACGGAAUCGGUGUAUCUGGUGCUGCUGUCGCAGGACCGCAAUGUGGGCGUAAAUUACGAGUACAGCAUGUCAUCGAAAACGGCCCCGGUCGACGAGCAGGACAGCUACUCGUGGAUGCAUACCGCGUUCGAGCCGUGCCCGGUGAGCUGUGGCGGCGGACUGCAGACGCGCAACGUCACGUGCAACAGCAAGAGCUCGCUGCGCGAGGUGGACGAGGGACUGUGCAACGCGGGCGAAAAGCCACCAACGACGCAAAAGUGUGGUCAGCAGUCGUGUCCGCCGCGCUGGUUCGAGGGUCCGUGGAGCAAUUGCUCGAAACCGUGCGGUACCGAGGGCAAACAGACGCGCGAGGUGUACUGCGAACGGGUGUCGGCCGAUGGUGAAACGACAAAGAUCGAAGAUGACGUUUGUCUCGAGCAGGUUGGCAACAAGCCGGCCACGGAGCGGGAAUGCAAUCAGGACAAAAUCUGUGCCGAGUGGUACGUUGGGCGAUGGUCACCGUGUAACAAAUUGUGCGGCGAGGGAGAGCGUACCCGCAAGGUGAUCUGCCAUCGGAGGGAAAAUGGACGCAUUACGGUGCUGCCGGACGAUGAGUGUCUUGAAGAGAAGCCGGCAGUGAGCGAAAAGUGUAUGCUGCGACCGUGCGAAGGUGUGGACUACGUCACUUCGUCCUGGACCGGGUGCGACGAGUGUGGUGCGACCGUGGAAACACGAACCGUUCACUGUGCGUCAAAGUCGGGAACCGUUUACGAUGAUUCGUUCUGUGCCGAUCGACCAAUGCCGGAGCUGCGUCGCGAGUGCAAGCUUACGCCGUGCGACUACCAAUGGUUCACGUCCCAGUGGAGCAAGUGCUCUGCCGUGUGCGGCAAAGGCGUACAGACGCGCACCGUCGUCUGCGGUGUGUUUGAUGGCCAAUCGCUGAAACGUGCCGACGACGAUUACAAGUGCGAUCCAGACCAGAAGCCGGAAAAGGAGCGCGAAUGUGAGGGACCGCCGGAGUGUCCGGGUCAGUGGUUCGGCGGGCCGUGGACGGACUGUGACAAGAGCUGCGGUGGUGGUAUGAUGUCGCGUAAGGUGCUCUGCCUCGCCAAUGGCACGGUCGUGCCGGAAACGAACUGUGACGUGGACAAGAUUCAGCUGGCUACGGAGAGCUGCAAUAAGCAUGACUGCACGGAGGAUGAGGUCAUCCCGGUGGAGGUCGGCAGCAAGCAACCCGAGAAGGACGACGAAGACUACGAUGAGGAGGAACUGUGCGACGAGGACGAAGAGGACGGCGAUGAGGAGGAUGAGGAGGAUGAGGAGGGUUCGGCAGCGGGUGUCACCACGGAAGGACAGGACGGUAUAAUGAUGGUCACGGAAGAUACUAGCCUGGCUGAGGGUGUCGAGCUGGGAAGCAGUGUGAGCGGCACGACGGAAUCCUCCCUCGAGACGGACGAGGUCAUGAUGAGCGAUGCGACCGGUUUCGAUACGGGAGCAACCGAUCCGGACGAGGGCUCCACGACGGAGAGCACGGUGGAAGGAUCCGGCGACGGUAGCAGCCGAAUGUCGGAAGCGUUGGAAGGUUCAGGUGCGGACAGUGAUGUGACCACGGUAGCGGCCGCAUCUCGUGCCUCGGACGAUGCAUCUUCGGACGCGGUGGGUAGCUCUACGGAGGCCUCCGCCUCAUCAUCGGUCAGCUCGAUGGAAUCGGAGUCGGUGUUUUCUUCGGAGUCGAGCGCACAAAGCUCCACGGAGUCGGCAUCGGAGGCGGCAUCGUCCAGCCAAUCUACUUCGGAAAAAGAUUCGCUUGAGACCACAACCGACAGUGCAUCCAGUACGGAUUCUUCCGAUACAACGACUGAUGUCACGGAAACGUCCACAAGCUCUACUGAUCUGGAAACGUCCACCGACGUUAGUGUUAGCUCAUCGACGCUGGAGUUCACCAGUACGAUGGAUGAUGUGUCCACUACUGAUGUUCCUUCCACGACCGAAAGCGAUGUGUUGAGCACAACGGUUGCGUCGGAUCUGGCGAGCACAGAGGCGAGCAGUCAAGCAGCCGGUUCCUCGGAAGCAACGACAGACGAGAGCUCGACUGAUUCUAGCACCAAGAUGGUGGAAGGAUCCGAAUCCACCGAUACGUCUCUGUUGUCUACCAGCGAAUCCUCAGUAACGGAGACCUCUGCGGCCGGUUCUAGCGAAUCGGGACCGACGGAGGAAUCGGUUACGGGAGCUUCCACGGACGUCAGCGGUACUACCGUCGAAUCGUCGGAGCCAACUGUGGUGACUGAUUCCACGGAAGACUUCACUGGGUCAACGGUAACUGAGGAGACGGUGGAGGACACGACGUUCGACAUCUGGGCUUCCUCUACAGAUUCCACCGACGACCAGACGGACGACAGCGAAAGCAGCACUCCGUACACACUGACCUCCAUCAUUGCCAAGGAGCAGAAAUCACGCAAAUGCAAACCCCGCCCGAAGGUACCGCAGUGCGCCAAAUCCACGCACGGAUGCUGUCCCGACGGUAAGACGAAAGCCUCGGGACCGUUCCUGGAGGGCUGCACGCUGGCAGAGACGUGCAAGGACACGAAGCACGGCUGCUGUUCGGACGGUGUGUCACCGGCCAAGGGACCGAACGACAAGGGCUGUCCGAAAUCGGAAUGUGCCGACACUCUGUUCGGAUGCUGUCCGGAUAAGGUUACGCCGGCCGAGGGUAACGAUGGUGAGGGUUGUCCGAUCGAGACGACGACCGUCGCUGGUUGUACGGCCGGCAAGUUCGGUUGCUGUCCGGAUGGGACGACCGAAGCUAAGGGACCGAACGGCAAGGGUUGUCCAGGAGAGGAGGAGAAGGGUGAGGAAGUACCAUCCGCCACGGAGCAACCGAAGGUGGAAGAAUCAGCUACUGUUGAAGGCUGCGCCAGUACGGAGCACGGUUGUUGCCCGGAUAAUACGACGGCUGCUGCUGGGCCCGAUGGGCAGGGUUGUGAACCGUGUGGCAAGGAGCCGUUCGGAUGCUGUCCGGACGGUAAGACUCCUGCUCACGGAUACAAUGGCGAGGGUUGCUGUCUGCAAACGCCGUACGGAUGCUGUCCAGAUAAUGUGGUUGCCGCCCGUGGUCCCAACAUGGAGGGCUGCGACUGUCAGUACGCACCGUACGGUUGCUGUCCGGACAAUAAGACGUCCGCACGGGGUCACGAUAACGAGGGCUGUGGAUGUCAGUACGCCAAGCACGGUUGCUGUCCGGACAAGGAGACGGAAGCGACGGGUCCCGACUUCGAGGGAUGCCCGUGUCACGCACAUCAGUUCGGUUGCUGUCCGGACGGUGUCACAGCGGCCAAGGGACCGCACAAUCACGGCUGCCACUGUUCGCACAGCGAGUUCAAGUGUUGCUCGGAUGGAAAGACACCCGCGACGGGACCGGAUGGAGCGGGUUGUACCUGCGCGGACAGCAAGUAUGGAUGCUGUCCAGAUGGAACGAGUGAGGCACAGGGCAGCAAGUUCGAGGGAUGUGCCGCUGUUCCCGAAUCGCCCCAGAAGGCUUGCGCAUUGCCGAAGGACAAGGGUCCGUGCCACAACUACACCGUUAAGCACUUCUUCGACGUGCAGUACGGUGGUUGCGGUCGGUUCUGGUACGGUGGAUGCGAGGGUAACAACAAUCGGUUCGAUUCGGCCGACGAGUGCAAAAACGUAUGCGAGUCACCGACCGGGAAGGAUGUGUGCCAUCUGCCAAAGAUCACCGGUCCGUGCAGUGGAGAGUACAACAUGUGGUACUACGACGCGGAACGGAACAUGUGCGGCCAGUUCACGUACGGCGGAUGUCUGGGCAAUGCCAAUAGGUUCGAGAAGCUUGAAGACUGCAAGGCAACGUGCAGUGUGGACGAUUCGAAACCACCAUGUGAGCAACCGAUGGAACCUGGACCGUGCAAUGGAACGUUCGAGCGUUGGUACUACGACAAGGAUUCGGAUGCGUGCCAUCCCUUCUACUACGGAGGCUGCAAGGGCAACAAGAACAACUACCCAACGGAAGCCUCCUGCGGCUACCACUGCAAGAAACCCGGAGUUCACAAGCCUAGCUGCAAAGAACCGCUGGACACUGGCAGCUGCGAGACAACGCAAGCCCGCUGGUACUUUGCCAGCGACAGUAACAAAUGCAUGCCCUUCUACUAUACCGGUUGCGGUGGCAACGACAACCAGUUUGUUUCGCGCGAUCAGUGCGAAGAGCAGUGCCCACCGAAGGUUGAGAAAGACACUUGCUUCCUUCCGGCGGAGAUUGGCGAGUGUCAGAACUACACGGCCCACUGGUACUUUGACACGAAGGAGGAACGGUGCCGUCAGUUCUACUACGGCGGAUGUGGUGGCAAUGGCAACAACUUCGUCGAUGAGCAAUCCUGCAUUAGCCGAUGCAUCGACGAGACUCCGAAGCCGGUGGAGACGGCCAAACCAGGCCCGGAGCCGCCAGGCCGUACCGAUCCACAGCAAUUCGACCGAAGCCAAUGUCAGCUCCAGAUGGACAAUGGAGAUCGGGACUGUACGCAGUACGAGGCACGCUUUUUCUACGACACACAGACGGCCAGCUGUGCGGUCUUCACCUACACUGGCUGUGGUGGUAACGGUAACAACUUCAAGACGGCCGAAGAAUGUGAGCAGGCGUGCGGAGGUCCGCAGGACGUGUGUCAGCUGGAGUACGCGUACGGAGAUUGCAGCGGUAACGAAGAGCGCUGGUACUAUGCACCGCACGAGCAGCGCUGUCUCCGCUUCGGAUACAGUGGAUGCGGUGGCAACGGUAACAACUUCCACAGUCAGGCGGAAUGUGAGCGAAGCUGUCCUGCUCCAGGCGGAGGUGCACCGGUCGAUGUCGAUGUGCGAGGCCCAACCGAUCAGCAGCCGAGCAAUGUUAGUCGCUGCGAGGAACCGCCAGAGUUCGGCGAUGGCGACGGUGAUGGCGAGUUGAUCCUGUUCUACUACAACGCUGAACGGCAAUCGUGUGAACGCUUCCGGUAUAGCGGUGCCGGUGGUAACACCAAUCGCUACAACUCGGAGGAAGAAUGUGAGCGCGUGUGCGGAGUGUACAGAGGUGUCGAUGUCUGCAGAGAUGCGGUUGAGGCGGGUCCUUGUGGCGAUAGCAUUCCGCGGUACUACUACGACUCUAGAUCGCACGCCUGUUACGCCUUCAACUACAGUGGAUGCGAAGGCAACGGCAAUCGCUUCGCAAGCGCGGAGGAAUGUGAGGGAACGUGCGUCCAUCAGCGUCCUGGUUUUGACGAUGCCGAAAAACUACGCAUCUGCAGCCUUCCGGUGAAGAAGGGCAACAACAGAUGCCGGACACGGUCCGGAAAACGUUGGUAUUACGAUCCAGUGCAGGAAACGUGUUUCGCCUUCCGCUACAAAGGAUGCGGAGGCAAUCGAAACAAUUUCCCGUCGUACAACAACUGUCGCACGUACUGUACCCUCGAAUCAAAUGCGGUGAAUCCUUGCGAACAGUAUGAACACGAAUGUAGCCAGCUGCAGUGUCCGUACGGUAUCGCCAAGUCCUACGACCCAGCCAACGGCUGCGAGAGCUGCCAGUGUAAUGAUCCAUGUGCCGGAUUCUACUGUCCCACCGGUAGUCUGUGUGUGGUGGAUGUGCAGAGCAGCGGAGCGGUGGUCGGCAGCGGUUCCGAGUUUGUUGGAGUCUGCCGAGAGUCUCAUAAGCCGGGCGAAUGUCCACAGUUGGCAAAUGCCACGCAUUGCAGUGUCGAUUGCUACUCCGAUGCUGAUUGUCGUGGCAACAACAAGUGUUGUCUGGCCGGCUGUGCUCAGAUCUGUAUCAGUCCGGUGGAUCGUCCGGUGGCUCCGUCUGAACCAGCCCAGCCGAAUGUCCCGGGACCCACCGUACUGGAGCAAGUGCCGCAAGAGGAGUUGGACAUCAAAUCGGAGGAAGGUGGCAUUGCUACUCUGCGAUGCUUCGCAACCGGGUUCCCACCACCAUCUAUUCGCUGGCGCAAGGGAGAGAUUCUGCUCAACACCAACCAGGGUCGCUACGUGCUUUCCUCGACCGGAGAUCUGCAGAUUGUGCAGCUGCAUCGCACUGACAGUGGCACCUACGUGUGUAUCGCAGACAACGGUAUUGGUGAACCAGUGUUUAGAGAGGUUACACUCACAGUAAGCGACCCGGUGCCACGGGAUGCCUACAUCGCCGGCAAUUUGAACGAUUCGCAGGUGGCUGAGCUAGAUGGUCCGGCCACGUUGCGCUGUGCGGCCGGUGGCCACCCGAAACCGAUCGUAAGCUGGUGGCGGGAAACGUUCAUGAUGCCGCUGAAGAUGGUGAACCGCGACUAUUCGCUGUAUAUUGCGCGCGUUCGUCUGCAGGACCUGGGUCCGUAUGUGUGUCAGGCUUACUCUGGCGCGGGUAAGGGUAUCUCACGUACCGUCACACUGCUCGGCUAUCGACCGGCCACGGUGGAAAGCCCGGUAGAUGAGAAGUAUCUGAAAUAUCUGGUACCGAGACAGAGACCGGUGGCAGUGUUACCGGCCGAUCGCUAUCCACCACGGCCACGGCCACCAAUCGCUCAGCCACCGCCGGUUGUCGUUCGUCCACCAGUUCCGGUGACGGUGCAGUUGUACUUCCCCCAGGGACGUGAUCUGCCGCCAAACAGCAACUUCACGAUCAACUGUACCGUUGACGGAUACCCGCGGCCCACGGUGAACUGGUUCAAGGAUGGCCAGAUGUUGGUGCCCACUGACCGCAUACACAUCACCGACACGAAUCUGCUGUUUGUGUCCGGAGCAAUACCGUCCGACAGUGGCCGGUACAAGUGCCUUGCGAGGAACGAGCAGUCGGAAGCAUUCCAGGAGCACAGUAUACGCGUGGAAGGUGUAUACGUACCACCGGGAUGUACCGAUAAUCAGCUACUCGCCAAGUGUGACCUGAUUGUUGCGGGACACUACUGCAACCACAAGUACUACGCUCGGUUCUGCUGCCGAUCGUGUACGCUGGCAGGACAGAUAAAUGUAAACAACCGUUACCGCUAGAACUCGCGUGCCAUAAAAGCAAAAGGAAUGCUACAAGCCUGAUGCAAGAACAAACCAACAAACGACGACACAUCGAACGAUCGCAUCUCGCGAUCGCACAAGCACUAGCCAUCUUUUGUUGCAACACUUUCUCAAUCCCGUCAACAGACCCAUCCUGGACUCAUGUCACAAAAAUGAAUUGCUUGACGCAUCUAUUUAUUUCUGUAACAACUCCUGCUGAAUGGGGUCUUCCCAGAGUUAAACGCACGGGCGCGUGUCAUUAGUCAAACGAUACCGCAGCCACACAAUUCGAUUCAAACAUGGUGCCAAUCGUUACUGGGUGGCUAACAGAAAAGUAGCAUUUAAACCAAAAGCUCGAAUCUGGUGCGAACUUUCGAGCCAAUCGUUUAGUGACAAAUGUUUACACAAGUAGUACUUUAUAUGUAACUCAGUCGUUGUUUAGGUUAUCGUUUAGGGUGUAGCUUCACUAAAGAUACGAUACGAUGAUCAGUGUUCAGCUCGUUAAUGGUUUAAGAAACAACACAAAAGAGAGGCCAAACAUUACUUCAACACACAGGAACAACAAACCAAUCAGGUUGGUAAACGAACUCAACAAACAUGGCGAUUGCAGCAACAACAACGCGCGCAUGGAUGAAGGAACAAAUGGAAAAGAAAGGAAAACAAGCUCUAAUGGACCUGCUGCAUGCACUUUUGUACCACAGACACACACACACACACACACAUACACAGGCACACAUACAGAAUGCAUUUCCUUCGGUAGUGUAUUGCUCCCUUCCCUGUAUUGCUUACUGUAAAUAAUUUAUUGUCAAUAAAUCAGCCCUCCUUCUCGAAAGCGCCACUGCAGAACUGUGGUCUGCCAAACACACGGGAGGCGUACAGUGAAAUAGAGCAGAAGAAACAAAAAAGAGCCUAGAAUAAAUUUGAUAACUGAUGGAUAGGAAGUAAUAAAUGAAAUGAAAUUUGAA